UGAAGCGAUUGUCUUCAAAUGCCAUCCUCUUGGAUUUCCAGAUUUUUCAUUUGAAUAAAACAUUCAAGUAAUUUGCAUAAUACCUCACGAACUGACGCCUCUGUAAUGUACGUGAUGAGAGCAUAGACACACGAGACAUCUCCAAGAGCAUGCUAACAUAGCAGUCUGGAGAAAUCAGAAAGGCGUUUUUCAAAUCGAUUUCCAGCUAUAUUAAAGCUUCACCCUGGAUUUAAGAAUGGCGAGUGGGCCAUCCUACAUGCUUAUAUGCAUCUUGAUGCUAAUGAUCGUGAGAGAAGGCGUAGCUUCGUCAGAGUUCCUGAAUGACUUCGGUUUGUGUAUCGUGGACAAAGCUUUGACAUCAUCAGCCCCGUAUUUGAUCUUUUCAACGGAUCCCGUGGUUGAGAGAGGCUCAGCGGCCAGGUAUUCUAAACUUUCCGGUAAGAUCGAGAUCAAUGAUGACGGUACUUAUCUAUUCAUUAUUCAUCGACCUGGAUUGGGGAUCGCUUUUCAACCACUUCUGCUGGUAGUCGAAGACUGGGGGAUAAUCGCUUUUACACUGAACAGCGGAGAAAGGGCGACUUUUACCGCUCAUGCGUUGGCCGAGUUGAAGAGGGGCAAUGUUGUGUAUGUGUAUAACAAAGCUGACGUCGUUGGAGAUGAAAAUCGACCUUUUAUUUUCUCGGUGUUUCUCCUCUAUCACAAGCCGAUCGUUUCGUUUCCACGCGCUCGUCAGAGUGCUUUUUCAGUUUAUGGCUUGGUCUACAUAAUAGAGCAGCAACUUGCUGAUUCGAUGAUCGACAUGUACGCACCUCCAGACGUCAACAUCGGCGACGGAUUCGACAGUAGGGCAGGUGUCUUUACAGCCCCCUUCCAAGGUCUCUAUGUGUUUCACCUGGCGUUCACUUUCGUACGCAUAGACGAUGGGGGAGGAUACGUCAUCGUAGCUCUUCAAGUGAACGGAGAUACCAAAGCGCAGGUGUCUGGUCUUGCUGUUCCAGAUGCUGAGAUGAUGUUUCGAUCCACCUCAUAUGGUCCACCACAGAACAGUGCUAUUACUGUAGCUCAGAAUCUAAACCAAGGCGAUGAAAUUACUCUUCGAAAAAUCAUUGCGCAGGCAGAAGGAAUCAUUGGAUAUGUUUCGUUUGUCGGGUACCUCCUUUCCUAACCAUACAGCUGCCAUUGCGGCCACAUAAUGUUAACAUUACUAAUUACACAAGUUUGCAAAAUACACGUCGAAGCAUUAAAUGGAAUUGAGAACAUACUUGCAGAAAAUGUAAUUUUCUACUGGCUAGUGUUUUCAAGAAUGAAACCACGACUUGUAGAUAUUGUAUUAUACUUUAUGAUUAAGAAAGUAGCCUAGCCUAUGUAAACAGAAUACUGUUUGUUUUUCCAUAGAUUAUGUUCUUCGCAUAUCAUUCUGUUCGAGCUCUUAAGGCCCGGUCUUAAGAUCACGACAGUUUUUAUAGCAUAUGCAUGAGGUAUAGAUCUGGUAAGCAGGGGCGGCGGUUUCUUUUCGAGACCGGGGGGACGAAAUGCGAGGGAUGAGAGAGCAUAGUGGAAACUGUGCUUAUACGCCUGUAAUACCAACGAAAUACAGAUUUUCCACAAUAUUUACUUGUACAUUAUUUUUGAAAGAUAUUAUGCGAAGGAGCGUAGCGACCGAGCGAGAAGAUAUUUUCAUUUUUUAUUGGUCUAAACGCUGCACUCUUCUGCCCUCCAUAGCCUAAAAAUGUGUUGCAGUCUUUAUUUGCUGUACAUGUUUUUGAUGCACUUUUUCAAAUUUCCAGGAGGCAAAUUUUACGAUCCCUCUAAAAAAAAUGAGGGGGGGGGGGGUACACACCAUCGGGAUCCCCGCACCUGAUGGCAAGGCAUAUUCCCCACGAAAUAAAUGAAAGAUGCAACAAAGAGAAGACAAUUGUAGUUAUCUAAAUGUAUUGUGGCCCCCGGGGCACCAUCACUUGGGUAAACUACCAUUUUUCACCACGUAAUAAUAAUAAUGUAUUAAACCCUAGUUGUGUAGGAAACCAAACGUUGAAUAUUAUACACUGAAGCAGGGGAGCAAAACCUUCAAGCGGUAUCAUUUUUUUCAUUUUCACUCUAUAUGAACGAAAUUUAUUUUGCAUUUUACCAUAGUACAGAUUGUUUAAAGAAGCUCAGAAACUGAUCGUUAAUUUCGUUCAAUUUUUGAAAAUAAUAAGCCCUACUGAAAAUUUAUUCAACUGUCUUCUUUUUUCAGUUGCAGUAGGCCUAUAUAGGCCUACAUGCCACCGCCAGGUGUAUUUUCGUACUGUUCAGGUACAGAGCAGAUGUAGGCCUACGUACAAUGUCUGAUAAAAGGUACAGUUAACUUCGUCCAAGUAAAAACAUCUGCAGGGCGCAAAUGAAAAAUAUAUUAUAUUCGUUGGAUUUUGCUCUUGAUUUAGUUAGGUAAUUACAUUUUUUGGAAGGGCUCGUGCCCCUUAUACACCUCUAGAUACACCCCUAGAUACACCCCUAGAUACACACAGCGAUUAAACAACCCCUGCUCUUCUCCUCUUCUGACCAUUCAGGAUUUCCUCCGAGUCCAUUCAUCCCAAGUCCGUUUGAUUGAUAAGUUGAAAAUAGUAUCACCAUUUUCCCGUUUUUAUUGCAGGCUAGAUUGAAGUUUUCAUCUAGUUCCGGUAUAUAAUUCUUAAUUACAAGACUAUUGCACACCAUUGAUUAUUUUCCUUAAUCACUGUUAUUAGUAUGUAUUUUAUACAACAUAUUUUAUUUGUGGUACAUCAAAAUGAUACGAUUUUGAGUUUAAUAAAUUGUUCCAAGAACACAAUGAACCACUA